GUUCCCCAUGCCUUUUCUGUUCAAAAUAAAGAAUCUUAUAUUCUUUAUUUAUUUCUUUAUAAACACACACAUACCCAGGUGUUUUUGUGUGUGUUUUUGCAUGUUUUUACUAUUAAUAUAACCAUUAACCAAUCAAAUGAAGAAAAAAACCUCAACGAAAAUGAAGAACUCAUCCCCAUCUUCUGAAGAUCAUAAACAAACCCCACAAUCUGAAUCAGAAAACGAAACCACUUUCAAGAAAUCUCUUCAAGAGUUGAAAGAUUUGUGUUCACAGCUUCAUCAUGCAGCAGAUUCCUACCAAUCCACUUUCUUAAAUUCCAACCAAAAGCAACUAGUUGUAAAGAACACGAAGGAGUACAUACAAAGUGCCUUGGUGACUGUUGUGGAUCAUCUUGGAUCCGUUUCUGCUAAUCUGGAUCACCAUUUGUCUAAAACUUGUUCGAUAAAUCAAACAGAAGUCAAAAUCAAUUUCUUGAAUCAAAAACUGUUGACUUGUCAAGACUAUUCUCAUAAGAUUGCUCUAGCUAAAGUUUCCUCAAGUGAGAAUAUUCUGAGAUACAAUUCUCGUUAUAUAAAACCACCUGUUUCAAAUGUUUUGAAACUAAAUCAAAGCUUCAGGGAAUCCGAGAGUCGAAUUAGUGUAAAAGAUAUAAAAGGAAACGAUGAAUUUAAGGUAGAUGAAGAAGUUCCACUUUUCUUGUACACUUGUAACAGCUACAAACCUAUGUGUUCAUCAUCGUCUGUUCGAGUUUUUCCAGUUCGAGAUAGCCUAUCUGUUCAACCAAAAUCUCAAUCUUUUCAAUUACAGGACAAAAGUAAGAAUAGACGGGGUGUGUUAUUCAUGAAGUCGCGACCAAAUAACGAGAUAUUAUCAGUAUGUGGAACCCGAAGAAUAUGAUUCUUUUUAUUAUUAUUAACAUCAUUCCAAAUUUUCAUAAUCUUUUCCUCUAUAAAUUUGCAAAAAAAUCAUUUCCAUGAUUAAAAUAAUAUGUUUAUCUACUGGAUCCAGAUACUUUCCUUCUUCGACGCCUUUUCUGUCGAAUUUUACAUAAACUUGUUACAAGAAAAACCCCAAAAACAGCAAUGAUACAAGGUAAAAACCACUGAUUUGGAAAUAUCACAAGAGGCUGCAUAU